AUGAAUAUUAUAAUUAUUAUUUUUAUCAUUACAAAUAUUACUCCAUUAUUUUCAUUGGAACUUUCAAAUACCAAACACACUGUUGAUUUUCAAAAACCAAUCAUUACAGAAGCACCAAAUGAUCAUAUUACACAUGAACAUUUACUAGAAUUCACUUGUAAAGCUAUUGGAAAUCCUAAACCUUCAAUUUUAUGGUAUAAUGCAAGUACAAAUCAAUUAAUUGAAGAGAAAUUACAAACAACCGGUUAUCAAACCAGUAUACAUGUGAAUAAACAUUUAGGCAAAUUAAUGAUUUCUAAUCCAAUACCGGGAAAAUCUUAUUCUGUUUAUUGUAAUGCAUCGAAUCCGAUUGGAUGGACAAUUAGUGAUCCACCUGUGAUUGGAGCUAUUGUCUAUUUAAAUGAUGAAUUCAGCGUAAAUCCUUCUGAUGUUGAGGUGGAUGAAGGAACUAGUGUAACACUUGAAUGUUCACCUCCGAAAGGUUUACCGAAACCUCAAAUUUCAUGGAUAAAAAAUAAUAAAACUGUAAUAAAUGCAGGACAUGUACAAAAUUCUUACAAUUCAGAUAUGUCAAAUAUUGAAAUGAUGUCGAAUGGAAAUUUAAGAUUAAAUCCAGUUCGUAUGAAAGAUAGAGGAAAUUAUAUAUGUGUUGCAAAGAAUUCAGUUGGAGAAAGAUUAUCUCAACCAGCUAAUUUACGUGUAAAGCCAUUGAGACAAAAAUCUGUCACUUCAAAACAUGUUCGAGUGAGACAAGGUCAACCAGUGAAGUUAACAUGUCCAAUUAGUAGGAAUAAAUCAAUAAAAUGGAGUCGUAAAUCAAAACAACUAUUGGCAGUAUCAGAAAGAAUUCAACAAAUCAAACAGGAUUUAAUCAUUAACCAUGUAAUGUCGUCGGAUUCUGAUGUUUACAUUUGUACUACAUUCAAUAGUGAAGAAGGUGAAAUACAUCUUGUCGUUGAAACAUCACCAACAUUCAUAAAGUCACCAGUGAAUUUAAUGGUGAAUAUUGGUGAUAAUGUCAAGUUUGAAUGUAUAGCUGAUGGGAAUCCAAAACCUGGAAUCUAUUGGGAAUUACCUGACAGAACUCCGAUAUUUCCAACAGAUAAUUCAUCGACGCAGUCUACAUCCUCAUCAUCACGACAUAUUGUUCACACGAAUGGAACAUUAGAAAUCAAUGCGGUCACUUCGAAAGAUGCUGGUAAAUAUCAGUGUAUUGCACAUUCAUCCAUUGAUAUGGUACAGACAAGUGCAAUGUUGAAAAUAAAACGUAGAAAAAAGGAUUUCACAACUAUACCUACAAUAACAUCUACAACAAUCUUAUUAAACAACCAUCAUGAAAAUGUUAAGAAAUUAAAAACAGACAGUAAAACGUCUAAUAUUGUUGAAAAUUUGUCAAAAUCAACGGCUUAUUCCAUUUCACCUUAUAUUGGGCUACCACCGUCGAAUAAAACACAACUUAUUGGUGAAUCUGUACUGAUCGAUUGUGAAUUGCCUAGAUUAGUGAAAAUUAUUCAUCCAAAUGAAUUGGAAACUUCACACAGCAAAAAUUAUAAUCACAAUAAUAAAUCCUUUACUAUUCAAAACACAGAAAAUUGGAAAGUACAUUGGAAACGAUCUAUAUUAUCACAUAGCGAAGAAAUAAUUAACGAGAAAGCGGAUAAUAGAUUUAAAAUUUUCCCAACUGGUUCUUUACAAAUCAUUGAUCUUCGAGCAAAUGAUUCUGGUCAAUAUACAUGUUCAGUAAUAGAUGAAACAAAUAUAAACUAUGCUAUAACAGUCAGUUUGAAUGUUAUACUUUCUUCUAAAAAGAAACAAGGCGGAUUGUCAGACUACUUACAAGACUAUCCUCUUUCUGCGCCGAAUAAUUUUCAAAUUAUGAAUAAAACACAUCAAAGUAUCACAUUAACAUGGAAUCCACCUUUGAUUUAUCAUGCUAAAAAUCAUGAUAAACUUAUUUUAUCAUUGAACUAUUGGAUUGAACUAUAUACACCGGUAAAAGUCAAUGAAGGAUGGAUAAUAGUUGAACGUAAUUGGCCAGUAAAUAUUAUCACUUUAAAUGGUCUCGAUUCUAAUAUCCCAUAUUAUAUUAUAAUUCGUGCUCGACUAAAUGAAGGUCGUUUAGGAUGGGCAAGUGAUCCAUUUGGUCCUUUACUAACAAAAACAUCUCAAAUCUACGAUAAAUAUUCAUGGAGACAUUCACCUAAUCAGCAUUCUUUUAAACCAAUUGAAUUAAAAAAUAUUCAACUUAAUGUUUUAUCCUCGAAAACUAUUCAUGUCAGUUGGAAUGUAGUUGAACAGUUGUCGGUGCUAUCACAAAUCAGUGGAUAUAUUAUCUAUUAUCGUAGUGUAGAACAUGUCAAGUGUUUAAAUAACAAAUAUUUACAAGUGAAUUCAAAUGAUCCGAAUUUUGUCAAUAAUUAUUGCAGUUUAAAUCCUGAAAAUUAUCGACAUCAUCAGCAUCCUCAUCGAUCAACUAGAAUUCAUGAAAUUUACAAUCGUUUAGAAUUAAUGCGUCAAAUUUAUCAUGAAGAACAAGAGAGUAAUAAUAUCACUGAUUCAGUGACCUCUUUACCCGGUGUUAUAUCUACAGUCACGAUUGAAGCUCAUUAUACACAAACUAUUCCCGGUCAUAAAUUAUCACAACCUAUCAAUCAUAAAGUAACCAGUGUAUUAACUGAAUUAAAACCAUUUCGUUGUUAUGAAAUUGGCAUUAAAGCAUUUCAUCAUACUAAAGAAAUAUCAAUGAAUUAUUUAGAAACACGUGAUAUAUUCACACAUACAGCGUUAACUUACGAAGCUAGUCCUAUAUCUGCACCGAGAAAUAUAUUUGCCAAUUGGUUAUUUGGUGAAAGUUUAGAAUUAGGUUGGACAGCACCACCUGUAUCCGAUUGGAAUGGAAUUAUUCUUGGUUAUAUUGUUUAUAUACAUGAUGAACUAUUACAAACUUAUCAUCAUUUAAAUGUUAGUUCAGAAGGUAGAAAAAUUGUUAUCAAUUUGAAUGCAUUGCCAAAAUUGUUCAAUGUUCAAUUAGCUGCAUAUACAUGUAUUGGGAUUGGUGUACGUAGUGAGGCGUUGAAAAUUGAUAUCAGUCAAAGAAAUUUCGCACAAAAUAGGAAUAAUAAUAAUAAUAAUCAUAAUAAUAAAGAUUUGUCUGUAUUUAUAACAACAGAGAAUGUUCAAUUAUCAUCAUCAACUUUGAUUGUAACAAAUUAUUCAACAAAUCAUGACAAAUUAAUCCAUCAACCAUGGUUUAUUAGUGCAAUCAUCAGUAGUCUAUUAGCAUGGUGUAUUCUAUUCAGUAUGUGUAUACUCUGUUGGAUACGUCGUCAUAAAUUUUGUAAACGAAAACGUUUAACCUAUCAAUUGUCUCAGUCAAAUUUUCAAUACACUACCACAUUGGAUAAUGGAAAUUGUAAAUCGAAAUUGAAUUAUCUCGAUAACAAAUCUACUAAUCUAAAGCAUAAUGGUCAUUUAAACAAUACAUCCACAAUAAUGAUGUUAGGAAGUGUUAGUUCUGGUGAACAGACAACAUUUAGCACUAGAACAAAACAUCCACAAAUUUCUUAUUUACCAACAAACAAACAAUCAUCAGAGAAUAAUUCCAAUAGUAGUUCAAGGAGUUAUGCAUUACAAUCUACUGAUUAUUCCGAUGAAACACGUAUCAUCAAAUCACCGUGUAAACUAUUAGAUCAUUUUCAUACAGUUAAUGGGAUCACAGGAAAUUCAGCCAAUAGCAGUAAUAACAAUAUUAAUCAUACUAAUUCUAUAGUAACACAAUUAUCAUCUACACGACAAAUGACACCGAAUUCUCCGACGAAUAUCACUUAUUUCCCAAAUGAUGCACAAGAUCCGUUGAAAACAAAUUCAACACAUUUUUUUACAUCUGCUUCACAAACUAGUUCAGAACCAUUUGAUUCAGCUAUUUAUUUGGAACAAAUUCCUAAUAGGCAACAUUUUCAUAAUCAUAAUAAUCAUAAGAAUGGUUCAUUAGGUUCCAUUGUAUUGACAUCACCGACAAUUAUGACUAGCAUGAAUGAUGAUUUGAAUCAUUGUGUCAACGGACAAAUCUAUGCACCAAUUGUAACACCAUACGCCACUGCAUCGAUUAUACCAAAUGAAAAUGGUGAUAGACGAUUACAAACAUCGAAACAGUCAAUUCAUUUCAAUGAAAAUUCUACACAAAAUAUGUAUAUAACAUGUUUAGAUUUAGGGAAUUGUCAAGCUGCGCUGAACAGGACACAAACCGGUGGUAUAUAA